UCGUGCUUCGAAUACUUAAAUAUCCAUCUUGGCAUGAUACCGUUAUUGAUGCGAAACAUCUGUUUUAUCUGUGCUUCGUUUAUGUUCCAUUUUUAAACCUGACAUUACGGGCCUAUAGCAUACAGUUUGGGUAAAUUAAAAAAAAUGCGGAUAGAAAUUCCGGAGUGCAGGAGGUGUUUAUUUUGCAUGCCUUUGCGUUAUGGUGUACUCACUUUUGGAUAUAUUAGCCUGAUAUUUUCAUUGCUAUGUAUAGCUCUGGAGAUAUUUCUAGGUAUUGAUGAUUUAGCCGGUGUUACCAGAAUAACAUAUCGUGGAAAUGAAUUCCUAACCCGAUCUUGGUUGGCCAUAUUUCUUUACUUGGUGGAUAUUGCCUUCGUCAUAGUGCUGUUGUUUGGGGCGCAUAUGAAGCGAGUACGUCUGCUAAUAAUAUAUUAUUAUUAUGGAAUCACAACCACGCUGGCUUCCUUUCUGAUGAUAACAAUAGCUGAUAUAUCUAGGGACUCAGUAUAUAUGAUUAUUGAUGUGUGCUUUGUUUUCCUUGCGCUUGUUAUCCAUAUCUACAUGCUGUUCAUGGUGCGGAGUUUGAUAAAAAAGCUACGACAAGCCAGCGGUUUGAGCUACGUGAACCACGUGUCAGAGGUUUUAGUGGAAUCACCUGAGGAGCAAUGCAGGAAUCCCCUAUAGUUUAAUUGAGUGAAACGUCAUAUUGACAAGAAAUAAGAGAAAAAAAAAUCACAAUUCGUUCCAUGGGACAAUCUUGUGAGAAUUUGGUAGAAUGGUAAUAUGGUGGAAAAUGCUGAGAAUAUAGUUGUCGUGUAUUGUAAGGUCACACUAACCUGACAGAGGAGACGAAGUAUUAUAUUGUUGGUUACCUAUUCCCUAGUUCCCUUCAAGGAUUAAGAAUGUAUCUUAUUGUUAAGUAUGAUAAUUUAAAAUCGUUAUAAUAUUGUAUUAUGUUAUCUGUUUUGUAUGUCAUAGUCGACAAUGGAGCUGGUGGGUCGUCUGAUGGUAAGCGCUACCACCGCCCAUGAUCAUUUGGAGAGGUGUAAGCUCGAAUGCAGACCUUACGCCUCUUCAAAAUCUUACGCCUAUUCAAAGCCUCUUCAAUCUGUGAUCGUAUUAAAAGAAGUUCGGGUAGUGAAGAGUCGCCUCCACUCUGGGAAGAUGACUUCGGCUUGCUAAAGUAAAAAGUAAAUAAGUAUCCACAAGGGAUUUCAUAUUUUCCCAAACACCCAACUCAACCUGUUGGUAGUUUUGAGAAAAAAUUAUGGAAUUUGAUUCGAAGUUAUAUUAAAAAUUACUUUAUUCAUAUGAUUCUACAUUAUACAGGAAGUGUAUUUAUACUCUUGUAAUUUUUAAGCGUAAUUGCAUUUAGAAAUUUACUUGUAAUAUUUUUCUGUAUACGUGUA